AUGGCCAACAGGGAGUGGUAUAAGAAGGCUAAGAAGGAGGUGAAGUUAGCGGUUACUGUGGCUAAGACUGCAAUGUUUAGACAUUUGUAUGAAGAGCUCAGGGAGAAAGGUGGAGAUAAGAAGUUGCACAUACUGGCUAAAGUGAGAGAAAGGAAGACCCGUGAUCUGGAUCAAGGUUGUUCGACUGCGAAAGUCAUUCAUCUGGUGAGGAGAUUGAUGGAGCAAUAUAGGACAAUGAAGAAGGACUUGCAUAUGGUGUCCAUUGGCCUAGAGAAAGCAUACGACAAAGUCCCGAAAGAGGUUAUAUGGAGGUUUUUGGAGACUAAAGGUGUGCCUAUAGCAUACGUUAGGGCGAUUACAGAUAUGUAUGAUGGAGCUAAGACACGA